AUGGCCGCCCCAGCCAGCCUUCCUCCCCACAGGCCAGACAAAGAGUACUCUUUUCUUGAAGCUCUCAACAUCGGGCCUACAAGCGAGCUGUCCCUCGUAUCCCAAGAGAAGCUUGGCCUUUCACCAACUCCCAAAUCUCCUGCUAAGACCGUGAGGUCACCACCUCUACCUCCUUUGCCCUCUCAUCCCACCCCCAGUCCCGUCGGGCCGGACUUCAACGUUACCACACCGACCAAAUCUGAGUUUGCCAGCCCUAAGCAAAAUCUGGCGACCCCUCGGCCAACCGGGCAUCACUCUUUGUUCCCCCACACCAAUACUUACGGCAAGAACGUCGACGAAGUCAAAGGCGCCAACACCAGCAAAGGCGACAGCACCAGCAAAGGCGCAAGUACCAGUAACGGCGUUAAGCCUGUCACUGAGGCCGCUGCCAUGGCUCCUUCCAUCAAGGCUCAGGCGCAAUGCCUUGAGUCCUGCACCAAAGUCACCAAGGCCGGUGACCGAAUUUCUGUUCGAAUGCUCGAGUACCUCACAUCGAUUAAGCAGACUCACAUGCCCCAUGGGCUCGACGAUCUCGCCCACGGCUUCCUUUCGACAUGCCAAGUUCUUCUAACCAUCGAGGCUGGCCUGGAAGAAUGCACCCGUGUCCACCAAUUCUUUCCCGGAGAGCUCCUUGCAGAGUUGGACAAGAAGUUCCGUGUGUGCUUCGCUGAUUUCCAGGUCUUGGAGAACAUGCUCUCGAGAGUCCUCGAGUCGGAACGUAAGAGUCACGGCGCGAUGGGCAAGAUGAAGCGUGGAUUGAGAAACCUGUUUGGAGAUACAGAUUUCAGCAAGAUUUCCUCGGCGCUUGAGCAAACGAGAGAGAGCCUGAGGGUCAGCGCUCUGAUGUUCCAGUGGAGUCUAGGAGAUGAUAAGAUCGAGAGCGGAGCUGGUAUUGGCUACACUGGUCUUGCAGCCGCGUUGGAUAGACUGGACCAGAAGAGAUCGAGCACUCGCUCAAGAUCUGAGACGAAUAGCUCGCACCAUAACCUGCCUGCUCUUCGUCAACAAGAGCAGCCUCCGCUGCCUCCGAUUCCUGCCUUGCAGUGGGCUGAGCGUUCAACCUCCCUCCAGAAUGAUACCAUGAUGUCCUCCGACAUUCGAUCACCAAUCAGUGAUUUGCGCCAGUGGAGCGCCACGGCUAGUUCCGUUCACUCUGGCGACCGCCAUAACCACCAAGCCGCCUUUGAUCGCCUCAGUUCUUUCGACGAGACGAUGUCGCACCAUACUGGAAGCGACUCGGCUGUCAAUGAUGCUAUAAACGAGGAACUUGCUGCCCUCGACUUGGGCUCAGACAAGGUCGUCCGGUUAAAGACCGACCCUUUCACGAUGCCUCGAUGGAAUCCUCGUGCUAGCACAGGAAGCACGGAUGGGGCCACGCUGAAGAGUGCCCUCGCCUCCGCAAUCCGUGCCAGGAACCACAAGCUCGUCGAGCAGCUCCUGGAUAGAGGUGCUCCCGCCAACAGUUCUGAUAUUCACGCCCUUAUCGAAGCUGUUAAGGUGCAGGAUGUCGAAAGCGUUCGCCUGCUUCUCCUAUUCGGAGCAGACCCCAAUGAAACCGACCGAGAGGGUAUGACUCCUCUGGCUCUCGCUGUUGAGAAGACACUGCUGGGCGCCGCCGUGACUCUGCUCAAGUACGGAGCGGACCCUAACAUGAAGGCUGGCAUGGAUCAGGACAGCCCCGUCGCUCGUGCGAUCCAGAGCAACAAAGUCAGCCUUGCUCAUUUGCUACUAAUGUACGGUGGCGAUGUCACCCAAUUAAACUCGGAGGGCAACACAAUGCUGAUAAGCGCGGUCAACAAGAAGACGCCUCGCCAAUUCAUCGCACUCCUCUUGGGAUACGGGGCAAACCCUAACGAGAAGAGCCGAGAGGGGAAGACGGUGCUCUUCGAGGCCAUUACAAGCGCUCGCGACGACAUCGUCUCUUGUCUCCUGGAGAAUGAGGCUAAUCCCAACCUCCCAGGUCCCAAGCACAUGUUGUGGCCUGCCACUUACCAGUCUCCUUGCCUCCAACUGUUGUUGAAACAUGGCGCUGAUUACAAAAAGGCUCCUGGUAUUAUGGAGCUCGCAGCUAGUGUCAAUAACAUCGAGUCGGUUCGCAUCCUGCUCAAGGCCGGGGUUGACCCCAACGCAAAGAAGGAUGGGACCUAUACUCCUCUCUGUACUUCUAUCCGAGACAACCGUCCCGAUAUCUUCCACCUGCUUCUAAAUAACGGUGCAGACCCCAACACGCCAGCACUUGAAUACCCCUGCUUCAAGUGCAUUACGCACAAUCGGCUUCAAUUCUUGCCGGCCUUGGUUGCGGCAGGCGGAAACCUGAACAGCCCGAAGGGUAUCUUGGAGACCGCCGUUGCUCAAAAUUACAUGGAAGCUGUUCUUUGGCUUUUGGACCAGGGCUUGGACCCCAAUGAGCGAAACUCCAAGGGCCAUUCGCCCCUGACAACGGCUAUUCGCGACAACCGUGUUGAGCUCGUCGAUCUCUUGAUAAUGCGUGGCGCUGACCCCAAUAAGCGCGGCGAGGACUGGCCAGUCUGCAUGGCUGUCCGAAACCCACCUAUUUUAAAGCGCAUUCUUAACGUCCUGGCUGAGCCCCGCGCUUUCAAGGGUGUUAUUGAGCGGGCCGUAGCUGCCGACCAGCUAGAGUCAGUCAAGCUACUCCUUGCUGCCGGCGUUUCAGUUGAAGAUAAGAAUGGUGGUGUCUUCUCUCCUCUUACCACUGCUUUGCGCGAAAACCAUCGAGACAUUGUCAGAUUUCUUGUUGACCCCAAUGGCGGUGGUGCCGAUGUCAAUGCCCCUGGUGAACAUCUGCCUGUUGUCAAGGCUCUUCGACGAUUCCAUGGCGAGGAUUCGGUGAUGCUUGAAGUACUGUUGGAGCAUGGUGCUGACCCCAACAAGAUGUACCGCGGAUGGAACGGUAUCUUCCAGGCCGUCGAGAAUGGCGAGUUGGAGGUGCUCCAGAUCUUGAAGGACAAGGGAGGAGGCUUUGACCUCGACGCCAAGGACGAGAUGGGCCGCACCGCCAUUGAGAUGGCAAGCCAGCGAGGAUGGGAUGAGGGAGUGCAGAUACUCCGCGAAGGACGACGGAAGCAGUAG